CUUCCACUUCCUCCUGCUUCUUCGUUCUUCAAUCUUCAUCUCGUUCUCCACUCGAUCUCGUAACUCGUUCUUUCUAUUUGCAUUUAGAUGUUAGAAUUAAUGACUAUUAGGAAUUUCAAUGAGUAUAGGAAAAAUAGUUUGAACUUUGAAAUGUGGUUUAGUUAAUCUUCAACAAUGGCUAAUUCGAGAUUCAGCAAAGUGGAUGAGUACGGGUUCGAGCGACCCUCAGACUUUGACUAUGAGUCGUACGAAGAUUUCAUGUCGCAAUACCUGAAGGUGCUAGCCAAGCGUGCCAAGAAAUGGUCGACUCUGAUGAUUGAUGCAGGAACAUUCUCCAAAAGCCGCCUGGCUAAACGCUACAUACGGAAGGGAAUUCCUAGUGAACACAGAGGAGCGGUUUGGUUGGCAGUGAGCGGCGCCGAGGCUCUCAAGGCCAACUUCGAGCCGAACUUGUACGAUGCGAUGCUCGAGGGUCCACUCGACGAGAAGGUGGACGAGAUCAUCCGCACCGACCUGCCUCGCACCUUUCCCGACAACAUCUACUUCAACUCCACCGACAACCACCAGCAACAGCUCUACAGGGUGCUGGCUGCCUACGCUUACCACAAUCCCACCGUCGGAUAUUGCCAGGGCCUGAACUAUGUAGCAGGUAUGUUAUUGCUAGUAACGCACUCGGAAGACACUUCGUUUUGGUUGCUCAAAGUUCUCGUAGAAAAUAAACUACCCGACUACUAUAGUCCCACAAUGGAUGGCGUCAUAACUGAUAUGGAAGUGCUUUCCGAACUAGUCAAAGAAAAAUUUCCAGAUAUCCAUAGUCAUUUAAAUUCCGUAGGUUUACCAUGGACUGUGAUAACUACUAAAUGGUUUAUGUGCCUGUUCGCUGAGGUACUACCUACCGAAACAGCAUUACGCGUGUGGGAUUGUCUCUUCUACGAAGGCUCAAAGAUUUUAUUUCGAGUCGGAUUGUCGUUGAUUGGCAAACACAAGCAGGACAUUUUGCGCUGUGAAGACUUCGCCUCUGUCGUCCAACUCUUCAAAGACAUGACACAAGACUCGUUCGCACUACACUGUCACGAAUUUAUGCAGAAUGUGUUCAGAAUACCAGGCACGCUGAAAAGAUCUCACAUCGAAAGACUGCGCGGCAGGAUAUCCGAAGAACACAGAAAAGCCAAAGAAGCUAAGGCAACGGAGUCUAAAACACCAUUAUAAUAUUUUAUUAUUUAUACUCUGCUUCAUAUUGAAGAUAUCUAUUCAAAUUGCAAUAAUGUGGCAAAAUACUAUUAUUUUUAACGCUUGAGUCUUGUAAAGACUGAUCUACAAAUUUUAUAGAAUUCGGCCAAAUACUCUUUCAAUCGAUUACUGUAAAAUAUUCACUGAAAGUAUGAUGGUUUGGCAGCAAUAAGGUUCAGGUUAAGCUCGGCCGCCCUAUGCUCUAAAACAAGCUGCCAAAUUAUGUGAAUCGUACUGUGAUUGUAUCAUGCAUGACAUGACAAUAUUAAGGGUCGUAUUUAUGAACACCACAAACGCACACAACUGACGGACGUAUGCAGACAGACCGAGGAAAAUUCCCUCCCCAGGUUUUUGAAAUUUGACGUCCGUCUGUCUGCAUUAUCUGCAUAAUAUGCUACACAGUAGCAGAAAAAAAUCAAAUUUAUGAUUACUGUAAACUAAAAAAUCAAACGUUUGAAUGCCUACGUUUGAUUUCUUCUGCCACUGUGUGCAUUCGUCUUUAGAAUCUUGAGAAAAAAUUAUGUUCUAACAACAUGAUUUUAUACCUGUAUUUGUAAAAUAGUUCAUUGUAAUUUUAUUGUAAAAGUAAUUUAAUUUGCGAGCCCAUUAGUCUGCCAUUGAUGCGUCAGUCUUGGGUUUCAUUUCCAUUCUAUCUGACUUUUUUUCAAUUGUCUUUUAUUUAUUAUUACAAAUGAAUUACUUUAGUAUACUAUAAAUAGCAAUAAUCAAAUUUAGGAAAAUCUUUACAGAGGUAUGAGUCUCUGUAUCAUCCUGUAGUCUCCUCUUUGCCCCCAUAUACUAGUGAAUAAUUAUUCAUUUAUUUUUUGGAUGAAGGAAGUAAUCAAUAAUGCAUUUUAUUUCUUAGCGAAUCUUGCAUUUUUUGCCGUGGAUGAUGCCCACUUGAGCUCUAGGCUUGUGCGUGGGUUAUGAGAUGAAUAAUGGUGAGAUAUGAUUGGUUCUAGGUGGGUUUCGAACCAUCGGGAAACGAUUUUUAACUAAUAAAUGGUUUUUCAAGCAUGUUCCUAGAUUCGUUCAUAGAUACGGCCCUCAAUUAUCGAACCCUGAUCAUUAAAUCUGGUUGCCAUUAAGUAUUGAUAAUGAGUUAAUGAGACAGAAAAAGCAUUUAGGAUGAAAACAUUUGUUUAUAUUAAGUUUGUGAGAAGGCCAUCAGUACUUUUAAUUCAAUUUCUUGAAUUUAUUUUCUACAAAGCAAGGUUUCAAACUGUCCUACUGUUAAUUACGUUAUUUAUGAUUUAUAUUGUCAACUAUUUAUAUUUAUAGUAGUCUACAUUAUCAUACAAUGUAUUAACUGAUACUUUUUAGUCAUAAUAUUUACGAACUCAAUUCAUAUGUUUCAGUGAAGAUUAACUUACAUCCCAAAUAUAUGGGACCUAAUGAAACUUUCUCAGUUCUGGAUCUCAAAGCUGGAAAAUUAAUAAGUAAUGUGAAAACUCUGAGAAGGUUCAAAUGUAAUAGAAUUACAUAAUUUGUGCUUUUUCUAUGAGCGCAAUAAUUGAUAUUCAAUAGUAUAUUCAAGAAUAAGGGUGGUCACAAAGGGAGUGGUCAGGUGUUCCGAGUUUUGCGAUACACGUUAUUUCUAUGUAUAAAAUGGGGGAAGUCGAAUAAAAGCGUUCUAGUUGGAUUUCUCAAUUGGAGAUAAAUUGGUAAAGACAAGAUACUAUCAGAUAGAGAGGUAGGGCCUCCUAGUAUCUGUAGCUUCAUUUCCAAAUUAAUAAUUUGU